AUGACUCCCAAGAAUUUCAAAACACUUUCCGACACUGAGUGGGACGGAGCGGAUUUGCUGGAGAUUGUGUCAAGAUCUGUAUCUCCGGUGGUCUAUGCAAAGAAGAAAGAGCUAUACUCGAGUCUUUGCAACUCUCCGAUUCUUAUUGAUGCCGGAAAAUUGAGCUUUUGGCUGGAAAGAAAGAAGGGGAAGAAAUGCUACAUGGUGAGAGCAAGAGAGCUGGGAAUUAUCUGGUGUGGCGACACACCAAGUUACUGGGACCUCACAUCCCAUCCAGAUUCAAGAUUCUCAGAGGUUGCCCUGUUAAAAGAAGUUUGCUGGCUUGAAAUCAGAGGCACCAUAAACACAGGGAUGCUAUCCUCCCACACCGUCUAUGGUUGUUAUCUAGUCUUCAAGCUGGAUCGAAAUAGUUACGGACUCGAAUUGGCCAAUGCAUUUGUGAGAUUGAUGAAUGAUAAAGUCGACGGCGAUGAUGAGAUUCUGGAUCACUUCAGGCGGGAGAAUGCUCGUGACCGGCACAGCCGGACUGGAGAGGCGCCGGUAAGGAUAGGCGAUGGCUUGACUGAGAUUGCUGAGGUGCACCUGCAACGCCCAACUGGAAAGUCGGAGUCCCCCGGGAAACAGAACUCGUGGGGUAGGAACUACCGACCCCACGGUCGACGGCGACCCAGCCCUCCGCCGGUAAGGAUAGGCGAUGGGUUCACGAAGAAGGAUGAGAUGCAAAGCGCCAGUGGUUCUCAAAGUGGAAGAGUGGCUGUGAGGAGAGGCGAUGGAUGGAUGGAGGUGGAGUUGGGAAGCUUCUAUAACGAUCGAGGUGCACACGGUGUGGUCGAAACAUGGCUGUUGGGGAGGGAAGGCCAUCAAUGGAAGUCGGGUCUCAUCGUUCAGGGUGUUGAGUUUAGGCCCAACCCAUUAUUCCUUUCUUCAUUUUCCAAUUCUUAGACUAAUGCUUCAUUGCCUUGUGUAAUAGAUAUACACUUCGUUUCAAGGAUUUGAGGUACAUUAAUUGAACUUGGUGGUUACAUAUUUUAAA